AUGAAUGCUCCUACCCACAAAAAGAGAAAAAUCUCUCCAUCCGCUGAAAGUAUUGAAAUAACAAAUUCAUCAUCAAGUAACAAAGAAGGUGUUGAAGCAGGAGAUGAUUCCUCUCCGACAAAUUCCAGCAACAUCAAUCAAAAACCAUUCAUUGAUGAUAUUAUUUUUGAAAUUCUUCGUUUUCUUGAUUCAUUGUUUAUUAUUCGAAUUUGUAUGAAAAUUUCAAAACAAUGGAGACAAGUAUCAUUUCAAAUUCCGCUCUCGCUCUCAUUCAGAUCAGCCCUCUCCAAUCAAGGUCGUGAACGAAUCAAACUUUUAGCUAAUUGUCAAUGUUUGAAGAAUUUGACUUCCUUGGGUCUAUAUAACAAUGGAAUUGGCAAUGAAGAAGGUGUCGUACAUAUUGCUAAUUGUGGACAUUUGAAGAAUUUGACUUGUUUGAAUCUCGAAGGCAAUGGGAUUGGAUUUGAGGAUGUCAAGUCUAUAGCUAAUAGUGAAUAUUUGAAGAAUUUGACAUCUUUGGAUCUAGGUUCUAAUUCAAUUUGGGUCUACGGCGUCGAACUCAUUGCUAAUAGUGAAUGUUUUAAGAAUUUAACUUGUUUGAAUCUGUCCUACAACCAAACUGGUAGUGAAGGUGUAAGAUAUAUUUCCCAAAGUGAACACUUGAAGAGUUUAACUUCUUUAGAUCUUAGCUACAAUAAUAUUGGUAAUGAAGGUGUCAAACAUGUUGCUUAUUGUGAACAGUCCAAGAAUUUGAAGAAGCUGAAUCUUGGCGGCAAUGAAAUUGACAAGGAAGGUGUCAGUUGUAUUGCCAACAGUGAAUAUUUGAAGAAUUUAACUUGUUUGAAUCUGAGUGACAAUCCAAUUGGCAACGAAGGUGUUAAGUAUAUUUCUAAUAGUGCGUCUUUGAAGCUUUUGAUUUCUUUACAGCUCAGCAGGAACCACUUUGGCAGUGAAGGUGCGAAAUAUAUUUCAAAUAGUGAAUGUUUGAAAAAUUUGACUUACUUGGAUUUGAGGUUCAAUCAAAUUGGCAAUGAAGGUGUGAAAUAUAUUGCUAAUAGUGAAUGUUUCAAGAAUUUAACUUCUUUAGAUCUGACAUGCAAUCGAAUUAGCAGUGAAGGUAUUAAUUUUAUGUCGAGUAGUACUUAUUUGAAGAGUUUGACUUCGUUAUAUCUGAAGUACAACCUAAUCGGCAAUGAAGGUGCCAAAUGUAUUGCUAACAGUGGACACUUCCAGAAUUUGACUUUUUUAGAUCUUAGUAACACAUAUAUUGGCAAUUAUGGUGUCAAGUAUAUUGCUAAGAGUGAACGGUCCAAGAAUUUGAAGAAAUUGAAUCUUGCCCACAAUUCAAUUGGAACGGAAGGUGUCAGUUGUAUUGCUAACAGUGAAUAUUUGAAGAAUUUAACUUCUUUGGAUCUGAGUGAAAAUGGAAUUGGUAAUGAUGUCAUUCGACAUAUCAUGCAGGAAAGAUCGGAAAUAACAGAGCACCAAGAUGACUGA